AUGGAACCCAAAAUCUCACGACAACGAUGGAUAAAAGUACUGGCAACACAACUCAAAGGAGACGCUGGAACAUGGUGGGGAAGAAUAAGAGCGAUCGACCCCACUUGGGAAGAAUUUCACGAACAAGUUCAAUGGACCACGAGUCUCCACACAGGACUUAUGGGGUGGAAACAAAUAAACAAUCCUAUGGACAAUCUACAGGGGACUUUGUGUUGCAAAAAAUUCAACUAUUCUGAAGACUAA